AUGGAUGCGUUGGAGGCGCUGAGCGGAUCCUCCUCCGACAGUGAGGCCGAGGCCGAGCCAGAGCCCCAGCCUGCAGCAAAAAGGAGCGCUGCCACCAAGAUCAGCCUGGAGGACUUGCAGCAACAUGGAUACUCUGGCGGCCCCAGUGUGCUUUAUGUCCCGCCCCCAGCUGACGCGGAUCCCAACUGGACAUGGUCCUCGGGGGCAGAUCGGAAGGGAGUCGAGCCUGUGCAGGAGUCUCGAGAGGAGAGGGAGCGUAACAGGGAGGCCGUGACCUCCGGCCUGGAUGAAGAGGCGCGGCUGGCCCGCGCCGCCGUCUCGCAUGCCCAGCAGCUCAAGGCUGGCAGGAGGGCUGAGGCCCAGGCGCAGAAAGAGGCAGCCAAUCUGAGCUGGAAGCAGAAGGAAAAGAGAAAACGAGAGCGAGGUCAGCAAGCUUCCUCCAAAAACUACAUUGAAGAGGAGAAACGGCGAGCGAGGCAAUAUGGCAUGGUCAGCGGCUUUGACACCUGA